GGGGAAACGGGACGGGAAAGCAAUGCGGGGCAGACAAGGGGCGCUCGGGUUGGUGUGGGGCUCCGGCCCCCCCCUUUCUCCGAGACAAUCGCUCGUACCUGGGAAAACGAGAUGGCCGUCGCAACCCGUGCGCUCCGGGGCACAAAUGGGGGGCAGUCGGUUGAAAUCGCAGGGCCGCAUUAGCCCGUCUCCGCUCCUCUCGACCCCAGUGCAGAUCCCCGGGCGCCACCCGGGAGGACGCGAGUGGGACGAGCGAGAUGAGGCGGGCGGCGACCCCGCUGGGCUCGGCGAACCCAGCCGGCCAACGGACUCCGUCCGGACCUCCCAGCAGGUGGGGGGCCGGUCACUCGGCGAGACCACCCGCUGAAUUUAAGCAUAUUACUAAGCGG